GCGAGUGAGUGAGCGAGCGAGUGAAUGAGUGACUGUCUGUGUCUGUGGCAACGCUACAAACAGCAGUGACAGUGACGUAGAGGGAGGAUCGUGGAGGGAAAAGCAUCGACGAGUUAAUACCUACACCUACCUACCUAACUACCUACCUACCUGUGGCGAUAUGCUCGCCGCGUGCUUCUGGCUCUUGGCUUGCCUUGCCCUGCCCUGCCCUGUCCUGCCUAUCCCAUCAGCUCCCAUCCCAUCCCAUCCUAUCCCAUCGCGCGCACACACACUUUUGGUACAGAAUGCAAAGGGGGAGAGAAAAGAGGGUCGGUUAGUAGGUAGCGUAGCGCUGCUGCUGCCCGCUGCAGUCGGCCACGCAGUAGUCAGCCACGGUGCUCGGCGCAUCUUUCUCCAUGUCUCGUUCGAUCGCUCUCUCUCUCUCUGUUACGCUGACAGCGAGCUGGGAUGGGAUGGGCUACACGGGUUAAGCAUAGCUGGGUAGUUAGGUGGCAAUGGCAAUGGAAAUGAGAUAUGAUAAUCGUGCA